AUGACUCUAUACAGCGGGAAGGCGUCCCCUAGGCAGAUACAGGAGUUCCAGGAGAAAGUGGGCUCAAUCCUCUGGUCAACGGUAAUUACGAGGCCAGAUAUUGCAAAAUCGGCUUCUGAAUUAUUGAGAUUCCUAGUCAAUCCUGGCCCCGAUUACCUAGCUGCAGCAAACCGCGUGAUUCAAUUCCUAUACGGAACCCGCUUCUACGGAAUCAGAUAUUCCAAAUCAGGCGAUCCAAACGCAGGAGAGGUAUUUAUCAUGGCCAGCAAUGCAACAUUCGGAGAUCAUACAGAUAGGAAAAGCUCUAAAGAUCUCGUUUGCCUCCUCUACGGCGGUCCCGUAGAUUGGCAUGCAGGCAAACAAAAGACCGUUUUAACCUCUACUACAGAGGCGGAAUUACUCGCUAUCUCUAAGGCAGGCAAAAACGUAUUCUGGUGGAAACACUUAUUUAACGUCUUGCAAUUCAACCUUCAACAUAAAAUCUCUAUCAAAUGCGACAACAGGCAGACUGUCCGUAUUCUCCAGAGCGAGGAUUCAUCCUUGCCUAUACGCCUUCGUCAUAUAGAUAUUCAUCAAUACUGGUUCCGUCAGGAGGUGCAGAACGGUCAGAUCGCCGUCGAAUGGGUCGCUACGGCUAACAUGCCUGCGGAUGGCCUUACCAAGAUCCUCCCGAUUCAAAAAUACCGAAACUUCAUGAAGAUGUUGAAUCUGCACGAAUUCAUCGACAAGGAGGACCCCUAUACAAGUGCCUAA